UCUCCGACAGCCGUUGCUUGUUGUUCUUCUCUUUCUUCUCUCUUCAUCUGUUUCCUCAGUCUCACCCGUCUGUUCGCCUCAUCUCCGCAAUUUACUCUUAUCACUCACUCCCCACUCUUAUCCGUCCCGCUUCCCCAGAAAUGACACCGUCACUACGAACAGCCCGCAAUGCGUCGAGAAUAGCCAAGGUAGAAUUCUUCAAAGAGAACAAGAAAAUAGAACCGGUAUAUAUGAGAGCUAGGUUCAAUGCUGACUGGCAGUUGAACCCGAUACUACACCCCCGUCGGUACUCCACGGCCCAGGCCGACCUCAAGUCUACCCUGCAAGCAAUCAUCCCCGCCAAACGAGAACUAUUGAAGCAGGCGAAAGCACGCGGUGAUGAGGUAAUUGGCGAGGUCAAGGUUGCCAGUGUCAUCGGGGGCAUGCGUGGGCUUAAAUCCAUCCUCUGGGAGGGUUCCGUGCUGGACCCGGAGAAAGGCAUCCGGUUCCACGGCCGCACGAUCAAGGACUGCCAACGCGAGCUGCCCAAGGGUCCCACAGGGACCGAGAUGCUACCGGAGUCCAUGUUCUGGCUACUGCUCACGGGUCAGGUCCCGUCGACGGCGCAGGUCCGCGCGCUGUCCCGCGAGUUGGCGGAGAAGUCGCAUCUGCCCCCGCACAUCCUCAACCUGGUCAAGUCGUUCCCGCGGUCGAUGCAUCCAAUGACCCAGCUGUCUGUCGUCGUCGCGGCGCUCAACACCGAGUCCGUCUUUGCUCGCGCGUACGAAAAGGGUCUCAACAAGGCCGACUACUGGGAGCCGACCUUUGACGACAGCAUCUCGCUGCUAGCCAAGAUCCCCCGCGUGGCCGCGCUCGUCUUCUAUCCCGAUCAGGUAGACACCCUAGGCGUCCGGGAAUUGGAUCCCAGCCAGGACUGGUCGCAUAACUUUGCCGAGCUGCUGGGCAAGGGCGGUCCGGAACACAGCGACUUCCAUGAUCUGCUGCGUCUCUAUCUCGCCCUGCACGGUGACCACGAAGGCGGCAACGUCUCCGCCCACGCCACUCACCUGGUCGGCAGCGCCCUCAGUGAUCCCUUCCUAAGCUACAGCGCAGGGCUGCUGGGUCUCGCGGGCCCGCUCCACGGCCUCGCAGCGCAGGAAGUCCUGCGCUGGAUCCUGGCCAUGCACGAAAAGAUCGGCACCGCGUUCACCGACGAUGAUGUCCGCACCUACCUGUGGGAUACUCUACGGUCCGGUCGUGUCGUCCCCGGCUACGGCCACGGUGUACUCCGCAAGCCAGACCCGCGCUUCCAGGCCUUGAUGGACUUUGCCGCCUCACGGCCGGACGUCUUAGCCAACCCGGUCUUCCAGCUGGUCAAGAAGAACUCGGAGAUUGCCCCUAGCGUAUUGACUGAACAUGGAAAGACGAAAAACCCCCAUCCGAAUGUGGACGCCGCAUCCGGCGUGCUCUUCUACCACUACGGCUUCCGGCAGCCGCUUUACUACACGGUGACCUUUGGCGUCAGUCGGGCGCUGGGCCCGCUGGCCCAACUUAUUUGGGACCGCGCCCUGGGGCUUCCUAUCGAGCGACCUAAGAGCAUCGAUCUGGACGGACUGUUGAAGUAGUGAUAAGAAUCUUCCAAGCGGAUAUAUACAGAGUAAGUGAUUUGACAAUAGUUUAAAUAUCACUAG